ACCUCGGGGGACGUGGCCUGCAGAGGUGUGUAUAAUUUCACCUCCUCCGCUGGGAGGGCGUGACUUUGAAGCCCCACCCCUCCGCGUCACCCUAAAGGCGGAGCCAAGUCUUCUUGUCCUAUCAGGUUCUGGGACCUGGCGAUCACGUGACUUCCGGCGGCCGCUGCCCAGUUCUGUGGAAUGGCGGCUCUGAGGAGCUGGGUUGUCCGCAGCGUCGGCUCCUUCUUCAGGCAGAGUGUUCCAGUUGUAGCGAGGUUGAGGAGAUGCCGUUUCUCAGAUUUGGUGGGACCCUGGCACAAAACGGUGGCAGUGGGUUUUGGAGUAACCCUAUGUGCAGUUCCCGUAGCACAGAAAAUAGAGACACACUCUCUUAGUAAUGAAGCACUGAUGAGGAGGGCUGUUUCCAUGGUAACUGACAGCACCUCCACCUUUCUCUCACAAACCACAUACGCAUUGAUUGAAGCCAUCACGGAGUACACAAAGGCGGUUUACACGUUGGUGUCUCUGUACCGACAGUACACAAGUUUACUUGGGAAAAUGAAUUCUCAAGAGGAAGAUGCAGUGUGGCAGGUGAUCAUAGGAGCCAGGGUUGAGAUGUCUUCAAAACAAGAAGAGUACCUGAAGCUAGAAAUGGCAUGGAUGACCGCCGUGAGUCUGUCCGAGAUGGCAGCGGAAGCAGCCUACCAGUCAGGUGCUGAUCAGGCCUCAGUCACGGCUCGAAAUCAUGUUCAGCUGGUGAAGACGCAAGUCCAGGAAGUGCGCCAGCUCUCCCAGACAGCUGAGACCAAGUUGGCCGAGGCCCAGACUGAAGAGCUACGCCUCAGAUGCUCAGAGAAGCCGGAAGAAGGGGCCUCACCCCAGCACCCAAGCACUGGGGGCUCUCUGCUAGCGGACCAUGAAGAAGAGGCCUACUUACGGGAGGAUUGAGGAGGCCUCCCCCGCAGGCACUAACACUGUGAAUAUGGUUACCUGGAUUGCCAAGGAGUGGAAGCUGGGGCUAGCUCGGAGUAAUGCCGUUCCUGAGUUAGGCAGCAGGUUUCAAGUUGUGUGAGACCCAGAGAUCCCACACACCUCACCCCUUACUUGGGUGGUGAAAUGCAUCUUGUUUGUGGCCAUCUAGCUAUAGCCAUCAUUUAAGCAUUCAAGUCAUGAAGGCUGCCCUCAGCAGCCCUCUCAGGCUCCUCUAGCUGCCUUUUCCUGAAGAGAAGCUCCAGUUCCUUCAGUCACCUGGGGGCACAGGACACAGUGCUCUUACCAGUAAUUUAAGUAGUAAGUUAGCCUCCAUUUUCAACCCUGUUCAGGUUUUCAAAUGUAAGUUAUUUAAACAUUGGUUCCCUCUUGUGGGAUGUUAAUUGGGGGGACGGGGCAUCCUGUUCGUAGUAUUUAUUUUUUAAAAGUUCAUACCCUCUUUGACCUGUCUUACCGUUUGUCUAAGGGUGGCUAAGAUAAGUGCCUGGCCUGGCCCUUUGAGAAGGCCUGGCCCUGCGGGAAGGCCUGGCUGCACAAUUAGGGAAAGUGCUUCAUGAAACAUGUUUAUAGUUGGCAUGAAACAGGAGUCACCUAAAUGAAACUGUCUUUGCCUUGUG